GUCACGUGACCCGGGCUGAGGCCUAGGCGCGCCUGAGGAGAAGGCCGAGGCCUGUCAUGGCGGCGCACCUCAGCUCGGGCCGCGUCAACCUGAUGGCGCUGCGGGAGGCCGGCCGCAAGGAGCUCCGCGAGUUCCUCGACAAGUGCGCCGGCUCCAAGGCCAUUGUGUGGGAUGAAUAUCUUACAGGGCCAUUUGGAUUAAUUGCACAGUAUUCACUUCUAAAGGAACAUGAGGUGGAAAAAAUGUUCACCUUGAAAGCAGGGCGUCUCCCGGCUGCUGAUGUCAAGAAUAUUAUUUUCUUUGUCCGGCCAAGGCUAGAGCUCAUGGAUAUCAUUGCUGAAAAUGUACUCAGUGAAGACAGAAUCCGUUGCCCACAGAGAGAUUUCCACAUCUUGUUUGUACCACGUCGCAGCUUGUUAUGUGAACAGCGGCUGAAAGAUCAAGGAGUCCUGGGCUCCUUCAUUCACAGAGAGGAGUAUAGCCUGGACCUCAUACCAUUUGAUAGCGACCUGUUAUCCAUGGAGUCUGAAAGUGCCUUUAAAGAGUGUUACUUAGAAAAUGACCAGACCAGCCUUUACCAUGCAGCUAAGGGGCUCAUGACCCUCCAGGCGCUUUAUGGAACAAUCCCACAGAUUUUCGGAAAGGGAGAGUGUGCACGGCAUGUCGCAAAUAUGAUGAUCAGGAUGAAGCGGGAGUUCUCUGGCAGCCAGAACCCUAUAUUCCCUGUCUUUGAUACCCUCUUGCUGCUCGACCGCAAUGUAGAUUUGAUCUCACCCCUGGCUACACAGCUGACAUAUGAGGGGCUUAUUGAUGAAAUAUAUGGCAUUCAGAAUACUUACGUGAAACUCCCUCCAGAAAAGUUUGCUCCCAAGAAACAGGGGGAAGGGGGCAAGGAUCUCCCCACCGAGCCCAAGAAGCUGCAGCUGAACUCUGCUGAGGAGCUCUAUGCUGAGAUCCGAGACAAGAACUUCAAUGCUGUGGGCUCUGUGCUGAGCAAGAGGGCCAAAAUCAUCUCAGCCGCCUUUGAGGAAAGGCAUCAUGCAAAAACGGUUGGGGAGAUCAAACAGUUUGUUUCACAGCUACCGCACAUGCAAGCAGCAAGAAGCUCCUUAGCAAACCAUACUUCUAUUGCGGAGCUGAUCAAAGACAUCACGACAUCAGAAGACUUCUUUGAUAACUUAACAGUGGAGCAAGAGUUUAUGUCAGGAAUAGACACUGACAAGGUCAACAAUUAUAUUGAAGACUGUAUUGCCCAAAAGCAUCCCUUGAUCAAGAUUUUGAGGCUGGUUUGCCUGCAGUCAGUGUGCAACAGUGGAUUGAAACCGAAGGUCCUGGAUUAUUAUAAGAGAGAAAUUCUCCAGACGUACGGCUAUGAACACAUACUAACCCUAAAUAAUCUAGAGAAAGCGGGACUCUUGAAGGCCCAGUUAGGGAGCAGAAACAACUACCCAACAAUUAGGAAAACUCUGCGCUUGUGGAUGGAUGAUGUCAAUGAACAGAAUCCCAACGAUAUUUCCUAUGUGUACAGUGGUUAUGCUCCUCUGAGUGUGCGCCUGGCACAACUGCUUGCCCGGCCAGGAUGGCGAAGCAUUGAAGAAGUUUUAAAGAUGCUUCCAGGCCCACAUUUUGAAGAGAGGCAACAGUUACCAACAGGGCUUCAGAAAAAGCGCCAGCAUGGAGAAAACAGAGUCACUCUAGUCUUCUUCUUAGGUGGAGUGACUUACGCGGAAAUUGCAGCCCUCCGGUUUCUGUCUCAAAUGGAAGAUGGGGGCACAGAAUAUGUCAUUGCAACAACUAAACUAAUCAACGGAACAAGCUGGAUCAAAUCUUUGAUGGAGAAGCUAGAACCCCCACCUUUUUAGAAUGAGACUCUGCCCAACUGUGAAGGAAGACUGCCAUUUGUUGGGUGCCAUUGUCUUCGUAAGGAGGGAGAAGAAAUGUCCUGAUGCUAGAGAAUGACUUCUGGCAUUCUUGCUGGAUUCAGUGCAUGAAAAAAGAUGUCUUUCUUUGUGCAGCUUCCUGCUUUUUGUUCAGAACUUCACAAGGAACUGGUGCCUCUAAAAGAGAGGAGGAUAUUAGGAAAUGACAUGUCACAAAGGAAGAUAAUUCAUAGCACUGGUUUCUGAAAACAGGAGGACGUUUGAGCUAUGUGGUUUGUGUUUGGCUGGGCCUUAUACUGCAAAAACAAGCUUUAUUCCCAGACUCUUAUUUUUAUUUAUUGUAGAUUCUAAAACACCCCUUUGGGGUGGAUACAUUCCUGGUAUUUAGCUCUGUCCCAUUUUGCUGUCAUUUAUGUUUCUUAAACAUUCUUCUGAGACACUCUUGUUAGGCUUCUACAUAGCCCAGUUCUCCCUUCAACUAUCACUCUAAAGCUACAAAUUCCACUGAAGCUGAGGUUCACACUGUAGUAUUAAGUGGCUUCAGUGCCACUGUUUCUGUCAUCUCUAUAUUGCAUACCAUCCAGCACCCCAUGUCCAUCUCCUUCUCUGCACUUCCUAAUCCAUACAACAAUAGAUUUUUGUGGUCAUUUUCUGUGCCAGAAUAAGGGAGUAUUCUUAUUUCACUGUAUGUUGUUUCCUUGAAAGCUUUCCAGAAUUUGCAGCAGCCACAAUGUUAAGAAGUGCUGACUGAGGUGAAGCGUACUCUGAAGCCAAUCCACAGCUCAAAAUGGAUAUGCUUUGAGGGUGCUGGAGUUUUUCUGCAUAUACAGAUGCAAGGAAAGAAAUGAUUAUAAUAAAGAUGCAUUUUCAUUCCUUGUCCA